AUGGCCGAGCGCUUCCCAGGCGACGGCGCCGCGGCGAAUGGCUUCGGGCGCCGCCGUCUGCACGAGGACGAGGCUCGCCUCCUCUUCGAGGCCGAGUACCAGGCCCCACCGGACAUGCGUGUGCCCGGGGUGUGGAGGAUCAGCGCCGGCGCAAUGGCUCCGGAUAUGGAGUACAUAUACGAGCACUAUGUUGAGUCGUCUGACAAGGAGGACUACACAGAUGAGAUGGCGAUGAUGCAGGCGGUCCUUGCAGACGCGAAACAUGCGGAGGAGGAUGAUUUCAAUCUCAAGGGACAUCGAGACGCCGUGGGAAGGAUUGGUUUCUUUGGUUAUCAGAAGUGCACGGCCGCACUGCGGAUGCUUGCAUAUGACAUGGCUACUGAUUUAUGGGACGAGUACCUAUGGAUGUCUGAGAGCAUAUGCGAAGAUGCCAUGGUCAGGUUUGCAGCUGUUGUGGUCAAGGUGUUUGGACCUCAGUACCUGAGAGAAACAAUCGUGGCAGACACCGAGAGGAUCUUGGCAAUCUUGGAAGCAAGAGAGUGGCCAGUUCCUGAGAAGCGCCUUCGCUUCAGAAUGCAAAUCAUUGAAGCUAUGCAGAAGAUAACUUCACAUAUAGGGAAUCCUUCAAAAUUCAGCAAGGCAUCAAAGCUAGCUCUACGGCUUACUGAGGCUGGAAGUGUCAAGCCAGAGACAAUCGGACACUUCUUUGCUGUAUUAGAGGCUGCAAUGUCUUCAACGGGAGCCUGUAAUGACCAGGCACUGUUUAAUGCUGCUGAGUGUUGUUUCAACGAACAGCAGAAAAAUCAGUUUGAUGUAUGGAUGCUUCACGCGGUGGUGGCUAAUGAUCUCUGUAUCCUCUCUUUGCUCACGUUCUUGAACACUCGACCGUCGGUCACGGCAGCGCUGCCGCCGCCGGUGAGGGUAGGCCUGGUGGUGGAUCUGACGAGCGAUGUGGGGAGGAAGAGCCUCACCUGCUUGUGCAUGGCCCUUGACGACUUCUACCAGAAGCACCCGGACUACGCCACGCGGGUGGAGCUGCGCCUCAACGAUUCCCACGGAGACCUCGUCACGUCCGCACACGCUUCCGAGGAGCUCAUGGACAAGAAUGGCCAGCUGCAAGCCAUCAUCUCGCCUCAGACAUCACCAGAAGCCGCCGAGCUAAUCACCGGCACAGCGGAGCACAGCAACAUCCCAAUCCUUUCUUCCUCCGCCACGUCGCCGGCAUCGAGCUCAUCAUCGCGGUCGCGUUUCUUCGUAAGCACCGCACCCAACAUCAGCUCCCAGGCGGCUCCGAUCGCCUCCAUCUUCAAGGUGUUCGCGUGGAGUGCCGCCGUCCUUCUUCACGAGGACUCGCCCUACGGCGUCGGCAUCCUUUCGGCGCUGGUCCAUGCGUUCCAGGGGUCACCCGGCCUCACGGAUAGCGUAGCCGUGCCCGGCGACGCGACGGACAGCCGCCUCGACGCGGCGCUCCUCGCCCUCAAGACCAUGCCGACGAAGGUUUACGUCGUGCACAUGCCCCCCGCUUUGGCCGCGCGCCUCUUCCGCCGGGCCGGAGUCGCCGGCAUGAUGUCCGAGGGGUAUGUGUGGAUUGCCACCGCCGGCGUCGGCAACGUGGCAGACAGCCUCCCAAACCCCGGCGACAUCGAUUACAUGCAAGGGGUUGUGAGCCUGCGGCCUUACGUGCAGGCAACGGACCGGGUCAGGAGCUUCUGGAGACGGUUCAAGAUGAGGUUUCAGCAGGAGAACCCAGGUGUCGAGCAGGAUGAGCCGGUGACGCUGCUCUGGCUGUACGACACGGCAUGGGCUGCCGCCGCAGCAGCUGAGGCCUCCUUCCGAACGGCACAGCCAACGGCACUCAUCGAUGCUCUGCUCGUCACCAAGUUCGACGGACUGGCCGGAAGGUUCGGGCUGGUGGACGGGCAGAUUCAGGUGUCAGUGUACGAGAUCGUGAAUAUCAUCGGCAAUGGCGCAAGGACGGUCGGAUUCUGGACGCCGGAGUUGGGGAUCUCGACGAGCUUGCACCCCAAAGUCGAAAAUACUGCAUCUACGGACUCUGCAUCGAAGGAGCUGAAGGUGAUCCUCUGGCCAGGCGAGACGGCAGCUAUCCCGAUCGGGUGGAAUUUCGCGUCACGCAGGCCAGGGGGGCUUCGCGUCGCCGUCCCUGUCAAGGGAGGGUUGGGCCAAUUCGUGAAAAUUUCCAGUGAUCCGGCCAUCGCCGGGGACAGAGUGUCGGGCUACUGCAUAGACGUUUUCAAGGCGGUCAUGACAAGAUUGGGCUAUCCAGUCGACCACCUUUACGUGCUAGCUGACGGCAUCAAGAUAUACGAUGCACUUGUGAACAUGGUGCACGAUAAGAAGUUUGAUGUAGUGGUCGGAGACGUGACGAUCUCAUCGAGCAGGAUGAAGUUGGUUUCCUUCACGAUGCCGUUCACAGAAACGGGAUGGUCGAUGAUCAUGGCAGAAAAGGGCGGCAGUGGCAGCAUGUGGAUAUUUACGAGUCCCAUGACGUUGGAGCUCUGGCUCACCAUCCUUGCAUUCUUCUUCUUCACUGGCUUCGUUGUGUGGGCUAUCGAGCAUCGGAUUAACCCUAGGUUUGGUGGCACGCCGCAGAAGCAGUUGGGCGUCCUCUUUUACUUUGCCUUCUCAACCAUGGUCUUCUCGCACAAGGAGAAGCUUGAGAGCAAUCUGUCAAAGCUCGUGGUGAUCAUGUGGGUGUUUGUUGUGCUCAUCCUCACAACAAGCUACACCGCGAACCUAACGUCGGUCUUGACGAUCCAACAACUCCAGCCGGCGAUAAGUGAAUGGACUGACAGGGACUAUGUGGGGGUUCAAGAGAAUUCCUUCAUCGAGGACAUAUUGAGGGAGAUGGGUUUUGACGAGGCGAGGUUCAGGAGGUACUCCUCAAUAGAUGAAUACGCUGAUGCCCUCAAUAGGGGGUCUGACAAUGGAGGCGUCACGGCUAUCUUUGAUGAGGUUCCCUACCUCAGGCUCUUCCUGUCACGAUAUUGUCGUGGCUACUCCAUGGUUGGUCCGACCAACAAGAGCGGGGGCUUUGGAUUUAUGUUCCCCAAGGGGUCCCCACUGGUGGGGGACAUGUCGCGCGCCAUCCUGGAGCUGGCGGAAGAUGGCGUGCUUACGCGCAUCGAGAACAAGUGGUUUAGCCACCCAGGGUCGUGUGUGGGCAACAACGGUGGCUCUAACGCUAGGCUCGGCCUGUGGAGAUUUCGCGGCCUAUUCCUCAUCAACGGCGUCGUCUCGUGCCUCAUGCUCCUGAUCCACCUCGCCAGGUUCGUCUACCAGGAGCGCGCGCGUGGCCAGAUCAUUAGAAAUCAGCAAGGUUCAGGUACGGGCCAGAGUGCAGAGCAGGCCGGGAACAUGGACAACACCAGUGACGAUGAAUGGAAAAGGAUUUGGAAAAUGCCAUGCCCGAAGAAUAUUCAGAUGUUCGCCUGGCGAAUGAAACACGAGUCUCUUGCUCUCCGGAACAAUAUUGAGCACAGAGGAAUUCCUAUAGCUGACACUAAGUGCUUAUUUUGUGGGCGGGUGGAUGAGGAUGGCACACACAUGUUCAUCAAGUGCAAGCAGGUAAAGCCAGGAUGGAGGGACAUGGCGAUGGAGAAGGAGAGAAUGGAACUGGAAGAUAUUACAUCAGUACAUGCAAUGUUUGACUACCUAUGGAGGCUGGAUGAGAAGAAGAGGCUCCUUAUCUUCACAGAUAUUCUUGAACCCGCCCAAGAAGUUGUCGCUGAAAAAUGGAGGCCACCAGAGGGGGAUAUGAUCAAGCUCAAUGUGGAUGGAUCUUUUGUGCCUGGAGAAGAUUUCGCAGGCUGGGGGGUCGUUGCGAGAACGGCCUUUGGUGAUAUUGUGGGAGCCCGGGCGGGGCGGCAGGAGCAUGUUCGCGACGCGUUUGCUACGGAAGCUUAUGCUCUAUCACAUGCACUUUCCUUUGCUGCUGAAUUGGGCAUCGUCAGAAUGGUCCUGGAGACUGAUUCUCAACUUCUCAUGGAGGUCAUGGACCUGCGCAAGGCUGACUCCUCGGCAUAUGCAGCUAUUAUUGAGGAUACUAAGUAUCAGCUCAAGAUGUGGUUUUCGUCUUAUUGGGAGUCUGAUGUCCCAGCCACUGUGGCUGUUUGUGCUUUGGCUAAUAUUAGCCAGCACCGUUAA